AGUUCUUGAAGGUAUAUAAAGCUAUUUUUUUGCGGCCAAGCAGAUAGUACCUGUAGGGCCGUACACUUUCUUCCAAACGUCUAUCGUGUAAUCAUAGUUUUGAAGCCAGUUCUGUUUUGAGUUUUCUUUUUGCUGCAUCAACACUUUUAUCUCUGAAAGGGAAAACUUUUUGUUUUUGAAAUAAGAAUAACCAUAACGCAAUAAUGCACGCGACGAGCGGACUUGGCAGACUCGCUUCGCCAUUCCGGCGAAGUUCUUGUACGAAAGCCUUUACCGGCAUACGCAGUUCCUCAAGUCGCACAGCUGUGGUGGAGAAACUGGCGACGGGAACUAAAAGUCGAUCUUUCGUGACUUCUUCUGCCUCUUGUCUACCAGCGUCUAUUUCUUGUGCUUCUACUUCCGCAAUACGAAAGGGUGCUGCACCAGGUGUGCCAGGAGUGACAAUCUCGGGUCCAGGCGGGAGCAGUAGUUCCACGUCAAGAAGAGAUCUUCUGGAAAAUCACAGCACACGACUAUUCAGCAUGCGUCCUCUACCACCAGCUGCCCAGAGAAGUACGGGGAAACGACCCUCUGUUCGCGCUUUCUCUUCAACUAGUAGUACCUUUCUGUCAUCAUCCCGCCCGCGCCGAGAUGCUGCUGCUGCUGCUGGAACAGAUGCGGAAAAGGAGAGCAGCAGCCCCGCCGAGCGGGAUGUUAUGGAGUACGACAUUGUCAUCGUUGGCGGCGGUCCGGCCGGGCUGGGCGCCGCCAUCAAGGCAAAGCAACUGUACCCCGACAUGGACAUCUGUCUGAUCGACAAAGGCGCCGAAAUCGGGUCCCACAUUCUCUCCGGCAACGUCUUUCAGCCCACGGCGCUCAACGAAUUAAUUCCGGAUUGGAAGGAACGUGGGGCGCCGCUGGAAACCGAGGUAAAUUCCGAGGCGUUUUUUUUUCUCUGGAACGACACAAAAUCGGUCAAGCUCCCGAACAUCUUUCUGCCCAAAGAGCAGCACAACGUCGGGAAUUACGUCAUUUCCCUCGGACAGCUCUGCAAGUGGCUCGGCGAGCAGGCGGAGGAGCUGGGCGUCGAGAUUUUCUCCGGCUUCGCGGGCGACCGACUGGUAACGAACGGGGAAAACAAGGUGAUCGGCGUGCAACUGAAGGACGUGGGGAUUGCGAAGGACGGCAGCAAGAAAGACGCGUUUGAGCUGGGUAUGGAGCUGCACGGCAAGCAGGUGAUCCUUGCGGAGGGCUGUCGAGGCAGCUUGACGCUCGAAUCCAUCGAUAAAUUCGACUUGGCCAAGGAAAGUUGUCCCCAGCACUAUGGGCUGGGGAUCAAAGAAGUCUGGGAAGUGGAUAACGAACACUUCAAGUAGUACGGCUUUUGAUCGCGUUCUUUUUGAUGCGUAGAGACAGAGGGUUGGAUGUUGUUCUAGUACCGCUACCUAGGAUACUCGAAUAACCGUAGCUCGUUAUUGUUUGUUUUCCCUUUUGCAAAAAAUUGACCUGCUCUUGCUCUUGCGCUUGCCUCUCUAGGAUGAAAGAAAAUGAAAAUCUGCAAUUUCCUAUAUGUACCACUACACGACCACCAGAUCCGGCUUCGUGGCUCACAGCGUGGGAUGGCCCCUGGAUUGGAGCACGUACGGGGGUAGCUUCAUGUACCACAUGGGGGAGAACCUGAUCCACCUGGGUUUCGUCACGGGCCUCGAUUACAAGAACCCGCACCUGUCUCCCUACCAGGAAUUCCAGCGGUUUAAGCACCACCCAAGGAUUGCGAAAUACCUGGAGAACGGCACGUGCUUGAGUUACGGUGCGCGGUGCAUCAACGAGGGUGGGCUGCAGGCGAUACCCAAGUUGACGUUCCCCGGCGGCGUGCUGACAGGGUGCUCGGCCGGGUUUCUGAACGUGCCAAAAAUCAAGGGAAGCCAUACCGCCCUGAAAACCGGGGCCUUGGCGGGCGAGUUUGUCGCGAAACACCUGGCGGAAGGGAAUAGUAGUACUGGGGACGAUAUCAAAUGUAAAAGUGUCUGGGUCUGGAAGAAUGCAACUUGUGAUGCUGUAUUUAGAUUCCAAAAAAAUCUGUAUUGCAUGAGUAGCAAACGGAAUGCAAUUUUUGCUACGCUGAGAAGGCAUCUGUCAUGCGGAAUAGGCAUCAAGAAGCCCUCAGAAAAUCUGUAUUGCUAGGGUAUGCAUCACAGACAUCAUGGCUCAUGCAAAACGUGCAUGACAAGUGUCAGAAUCUUCCAGACCCAGACAUUUUUACAUUUGAUAGACGAGGUGGCGGCCUACGAAACGGCGGUCAAGGAAAGCUGGGUUUGGGACGAGUUGAACGUAAGAACGUAAAUUAUUGACACAUCUACCCUGGUAGAACCUUUUCGUGGAGUGACUGGAGGGAGUUUCCCCCCGUCCGUUUUUGUAUAUGGGCUGGCAGAUCCCUAGAAGCUAAUGCCUGGAGUUGUUGGUCUUCCACCCCUCUGAGUGGGGUCGGGGAAGGAGCCAACGCGGACGUAGUCCGCAGGUCUCGCUGGAUAGUUUGCUUUGUGAUGGAUUCACAUCGUUCUCGCGUUCUAAUGAAUGGUAGCUCAUGUGCUCAGAGUGCACCGCAGUGCCAUUCCGCCAUUGAGGGCGCUUCCCAGCGGGGAAGGGUGAUUUAGGAAGGUUGCGUUCUAAUGGAUGGUAGCUCAUGUGCUCAGAGUGCACCGCAGUGCCAUUCCGCCACUGAGGGCGUUUCCCAGCGGGGAAGGGUGAUUUAGGAAGUUUUCGCUUUAAUGGAUGGUAGCUCAUGUGCUCAGAGUGCACCGCAGUGCCAUUCCGCCCCUGGGGAUAUGGGCUGUUCUUUGUUUUCGCUCCUCAUUAGGGCAGGAUGUUUCAUUCCGAGCUCUGGCCCUCAAGCUCGGGGUCCUAGAUGGGCUGGCUGGAGUUUGUUUUUGUUCGCGCUGCUAGGGAAUAUGCGGCAGUGCUGGAGAGCAUUAUGGUGCUGCUCAGGGUGCAAGGCGGGUUUUGCUCGCCCUUCGAUAUGUUGCGGGUUUUUCAACUUACUAGCUACCACUCCGAGUAAGGGCAGGAGGCUUCUAGGCGUCGUUUGGGAAGCCCUGUCGGGGCCAGAUACCUCGCUGUGCUGGUUUUUAGCUUGAGAGCAGCUACUCCCCUGCCGGGUCGCGUCUCUACUCCUUUUUACACCAGAGAAGCUUUGGUUCGUCCUCGGUCUCAAUGGGUCGAUAGUAUAGUUCUGCGCGGGGUUGUCAGCGAGUGUACAAAACCUCCAGCCGGGGGCGCAUGGGUCGACAGCUAGAGGCUUGGCACUUAGGGAUACGAGGUGGCGGGGCUCGCCGCAGGAAAGCUGGGUUUGGGACGAGUUGAACGUAACAACGUAUGGAGAGAAAGGAACUAAAAAAUCCAUCUCUACGCCCAUCUUUUCAAAAUUUGCUCUAUCGGUUUGCCGCCAUUUCGUUGCAUUCUCAUACGUAAAGCCUCUCGAGCAGCUCGACCGCAGAUCCUGGCUGGCGAUAUUGCCUGACAGAUUUUCCGGGUCUUGUUUUUCUUUUUGCAGCUUGGUGGAGGAGUGUGGUAGGAGUUGCGAGGCCAACUUGUCAUGCACAUCUCCGCGACAUGCAGAAACAAGAACAAAACCGGGAGAAUGCAUUCACUCGGCCGAGAAAGAAGUUGAAAAGAUGCAGCCACGCAAAGUGCUCAUCUUUUCAACUUUGAAAGCUAUCAAAUUUUGAAAAGAUGCUCUUUCUGCAUCUUUUCAAAUUUUGAUAAGUGGCUGCCCAUUUUCCAAAUUUUGAAAAGAUGCUGAAGGAGACAUCUUUUCAAAAUUUGACAACCUCAACAACGCAAGCACUUGCUUUGUUGAUGUUGUCAAAUUUUGAAAAGAUGUCUCCUUCAGCAUCUUUUCUCCCCGAGGUAUAUUUCCCCGUUUCAGCCGUGUCCACAUCUGAAAAUGUUGCGCCAUGAAGCACGGGCCACCUCGUCAGGGGUUGCUCGCUCUUCAGGUCUCCCGGAUCUCUGGACCCCUUUGGCUUCUCGGACAGCUGUGGUCUGUGCGCGCCUCCCUAUUCUACCUAGACCUACCCUUCCAGUUGGCUUUUCCGGUCAAGGAAAGCUGGGUUUGGGACGAGUUGAACGUAAGAACGUAAAUUAUUUGGUGUAGUAUGUAGUGAGGUCACGAACGUUCUAUCCUAGCUGUUUUCUUGCCAUGCAGUGCGCAAAACGGCCGGCAGUUUUCAAGUGGGCGGAGGUGUUUUUGGACGUAAAAGAUUUCCAUUUAUCAAGCAAUCAUGAGACUUAGAGGACGGAAGAGGAUAAUCUAAGGGGACUACCUCGAAUAGAUUUACAUCAUCAUCAUCAAGCGGGCGGAGCUUUGAAGUCAAACAAGCCCGGUCGAAAGCUAUCGAUUCCCGCUUGAUAAAACGACGCAGGGGAGCCGCCAAAAGGGGCGCCCUUCUGAGGCGCCCACCGCCUUAGUUUCUGGCGGUUUGGGGCGCCCAGAAAGGGGCGCCCGAAAAGCAACAAUCCGAAAAAAACAGCAAAUCCGCAUGGUAUGGGCCCCAUUUUGGCCCACAGUCGGGCCCCGCAAAAGACGCCACCAAAAUCCGCUAUUUCAGAGGCGGACUUAAGGCCAGAAGAUGCGGCAUUUUUCCAAAAAAAAACAAAAAACCAAAGUCCGCCAAAAGCAAAAAGCCAAUCCGCGUGCUAUGGGCCCGAUUUGGGGCUCGCAAGGGGCCGACCCUGGCGGGGGCCCAGGCGGGGCCAUAGCAUGCGGGGAAGGUUUUUUCUGUCGAAACCAAAUGGAGGCCAGCUUGGAUCGAAAUCGGUGCAGGAAAGCUGGGUUUGGGACGAGUUGAACGUAAGAACGUAAAUUAUUUGGUGUAGUAUGUAGUGAGGUCACGAACGUUCUAUCCUAGCUGUUUUCUUGCCAUGCAGUGCGCAAAACGGCCGGCAGUUUUCAAGUGGGCGGAGGUGUUUUUGGACGUAAAAGAUUUCCAUUUAUCAAGCAAUCAUGAGACUUAGAGGACGGAAGAGGAUAAUCUAAGGGGACUACCUCGAAUAGAUUUACAUCAUCAUCAUCAAGCGGGCGGAGCUUUGAAGUCAAACAAGCCCGGUCGAAAACUAUCGAAUCCCGCUUGAUAAAACGACGCAGGGGAGCCGCCAAAAGGGGCGCCCUUCUGAGGCGCCCACCGCCUUAGUUUCUGGCGGUUUGGGGCGCCCAGAAAGGGGCGCCCGAAAAGCAACAAUCAGAAAAAAACAGCAAAUCCGCAUGGUAUGGGCCCCAUUUUGGCCCACAGUCGGGCCCCGCAAAAGACGCCACCAAAAUCCGCUAUUUCAGAGGCGGACUUAAGGCCAGAAGAUGCGGCAUUUUUCCAAAAAAAAACAAAAAACCAAAGUCCGCCAAAAGCAAAAAGCCAAUCCGCGUGCUAUGGGCCCGAUUUGGGGCUCGCAAGGGGCCGACCCUGGCGGGGGCCCAGGCGGGGCCAUAGCAUGCGGGGAAGGUUUUUUCUGUCGAAACCAAAUGGAGGCCAGCUUGGAUCGAAAUCGGUGCAGGAAAGCUGGGUUUGGGACGAGUUGAACGUAAGAACCACUUCCCCACGACUGCGUCGCGGGGCAAGGCUGAUUUGAAUUGCUGCUGGGCCAAGUUUGGAGUUAUUGCGUGCAUUGCAAGCGCUUUCUGCUUGGUUAGUGAAAACAGGCAACAGGUAGUCAUAGGCGACGCCGUCCGCGGCCGGGCUCACUGACCAAGCUCCAGGUAGUACUCAACUGCCAAGAAGAACCAAAAAAGAUAAAAAAAGCCGACGUCUCCAGGGCAGGGCAUUCACCGCGGCCGAAGAAACUGCUUUGCAGAGGCAAAAAGCAGCACAGGCCUCGACACAGAAUGGAACCGCAGGCGCCACCGGCUUUUUUUUGAUGCAAAAGUAAAAUCCCAAAGGGGAGCUCGAGAAAAAGCACAAGAGCAGAGCGAGCAGCUGAACAAUAAGAACAGGGUAACAAGGAACUUAGACGUGACCGGGGGGGUCACGUCCGUCCGUCCGGCCGGACGGACGGCACGUGACCGGGGGUAGUCCGGCCUCGGUGCGAGUUCGGCGCUUAAUGCCGCAGCAACUGUGGCCUUCGGUAGCUAGAAGCCCCCGGCCGCGUCACCGACGGCGGACCGGGGGCAAAAGUCGUGCCUUUUUUCGUGAAAGACCGAACUCAUGACCUUUUUUUUUUAGUUGGGCGCCCGAGCUAGCUGACAGCCCCCGGCCGGGUGACCGGGGGCGGAGCGAGACGAAGAGAGGCAGUUCUUCAGUGAAGUGCCGAGCCCAUGACCUUUUUUUUUUUUUUUUAGUUGCCCGGGCGCGCGGGCCACCGCGGCCACCACCUCCUAGCGCCACGACCGACCCCCGGUCACGUGCCGUCCGUCCGGCCGGCCGGACGGACGUGACCCCCCCGGUCACGUCUAGGUUCCUUGUUACCUUGUUCUAACUCCAAAGCGCGCCCUGUGCAAAUAUCUUGUAGCACAAGCAGCGCUCUUUCAUCGUGCAAGAAAGUAAGGCGCGCACUACGUCGUGCCUGUGGGCACUUUCGAAAUGCGCGCGCGCGCCGGUGCUCUUUCGAAAUAGGCGGCGCGAGCAAUGCUUUUAAAACGCCCAAAAAAGCAACGCGCAUCAGAAAAGCUUUUGAGCACUUUCGCGCGUCUUGCGUAUUUUCUGAAAAGUCUUCAGAAGCUUUUCAGUCUUCAGAAGAUUCUACAGAAGAUGAUCUUCAGAAGGUCAAAGCUUCUGAAGAAUGCGGAAAAAAGGACGCAAAAAGUUGUCGCUUUGGAGACACAAUUGAAAAACCUUCUGAAGGUUUUCAACCUUCAGAAGGUUGGCAAAAAUUGCGACACUUCACUGCCUUUUUUUGUCUAAAAAGUCGGAAAGUCUUCUGAAGGUCAAAAAAGUGCCACCUUCUGAAGGUUUUCAACCUUCAGAAGAUUUCAAAACGGUCAAUUUUCACCUUCUGAAGGUUUUUUUGCUCAUUUUCCAUCUUUUUCUUCUGAAGGUCAAAAAAAACCUUCUGAAGGCGUGACCUUCAGAAGAAAAAAAUGCUCACGGUUAAACCGAUGGUAUGCUCGCUCAAAAAAAAGACGCUUUUUUCCAUUUCUUCUGAAGGUUCCAGUGACGAUUUUGGACCUUCAGAAGACCUUCAGAAGAAAAAGCUUCUGAAGGUUCAGCAGCAAUUUUGCCAAGCCUUCCCCUUAUAGUUAUUAGAUUAGAACGGAAAGCUGGGUUUGGGACGAGUUGAACGUAAGAACGUAAAUUUGGCGUAGUAGCUCCACCUCUCCUGAGAAAAGAAUGAAAUUUAGCGAAGAAAAAUUUGAAGAGGCAGCAUCCUUGGGCAAAGCAAGCAUUAAAUCUGUCAGCGAGGAGGGUACUUAUCGUUCGACCGUGAAUUAUACUAAAUAAAUACGACUAAAAACAGGUCGGCAGGAACUGCCAGCCCAGUUUCAAACACGGUCUCCUUGGUGGUCUCGCGUACUCGGCGUUCAGUCUGCACGUUACAAGGUACUAACUACAACUGGUGGGAACAGAAAUGUCACAUACUGCUCGAAUAACUUCCUUUCACAUGGUCACCUAUCCAAGUCCUGAGCUUCCAGGCAACACCUUUGCACGGACUUCACAUUGGGCUCUUUGUAUUCGUGUUCUUAAAAGUUAAAGAGAAAGUUACCAUGACCAUGCGUCAUGGACAUGGCCGAAAACCCAAAAUGCAGGGGCCGCGAGCCGUGGACGUUUACGUGGUCGAAAAAGGACCACGAAUACACCGAGCCCGCGGCGAAACACCAGAAAAUUGAGUACCCGAAGCCCGACGGCAAACUUUCUUUCGACCUGCUUGAGAACCUGACCAGAUCCGGCGUCAAGCACGAUCACGACCAGCCGGCGCACCUCCGCGUGAAGGAGGAGCAGGCGGCCGAUCCGCUGGCGGUCUCGCUUCCCGAGUACGACGGUCCCGAGCAGCGGUUCUGCCUAUGAGAGCGCACAACCCCCUGAACCCUAACCCGUCAUUGUAUUGGAUGAAUAGCAAUACAAACACCAGCUUGCAUGGAGCCUGCGCAUGACAAGUUCAUGCUCCGAGCGUAGUACUGUUUGGCCUUGUUAGAGAAUUUGUCAUGCAAAGAGACUCACGAGACAGCAAGUGGGUUGUUUGGGAUUUCGCAUAACAAAUGAGGGGGAGGGGGAGUUGUGCACUCUCAUACUGCCCUGCCAAAGUGUACGAGUACGUGGCCGACGCCGAGAACAAGUUCCGCCUGCAGAUCAACGCGCAGAACUGUGUGCACUGCAAGUGCUGCAUAUGCAAGAAAAAUCUGUGUAAGUGUAACUUUGUCUUGCAGAUGUUGCAAUACAGUUACACUUGUCAUGCCGGAUAUGCAUCAGAGGCUAUUUUAAUACAUGUUUUCGCGUACUAGCUACGCACGACAGGUUUUCUGUCCUGCAAAAAAAAUCUGUGAUGCUCUUCCUGCAAAAAAGUCACACUUACACAGUUUUUCUCUUGGAUACUGCAGCAUCAAAACCCCGAACGAAUACAUCCGGUGGACCGUGCCGGAAGGCGGCGGCGGGCCGCAGUACGCGGGAAUGUGAAGAUCAUCAAAAUAAAGGCGUUGAUCGGCGGAGCAGGGGAUCAUGAUAUAUUUCUGUGUGCAGAAGUGAUGCAGAGGUUGAAGGGGAAGGGAACCGCUGAUGUUCCGGCUAUUGUGUGAGAACUUCUACUACUUCGCACUUUUCCCGAACCAGUUCGAAGUGGUAUCCUGCCAGUCUCGACCGCCUCUAGUACAGGGUGAAGAUGCUUCACGUGUUGGUCUUGGUCCACCUGUGCCUCUCACCGGCUCUGCCACAUUCUUAGUGACAUGUUGUACCGCACAACUUCUGUUUCGAAUUCGAUUUCUACAAAACGAAAACUUACUCCUCGUGUCCGCGUGAAGCCAGCACGCUGCGCUAGUAAUGCAGGCUCCUCGAGUUCAUCAAGCAGCAACAGUGGUGCGGCGGCGCGACUAGGUUGUAAAGUUUCCAGUUUCGGCUGAUGAUGUUUCCGCGUUCCUACGACGACAGAUUGACUUUUCUGUGAUCCAAGCCAUUACAACAUCGAGAAUAAAGCAACUUUGUUUUGUUGUUCUAUAAUGUGCCAAGAUAGUCCCUCUCCCUGCUCGCUGCUCGUACUCAUCCACUUGUUGUAAGAAUUUUUGCAAAAGAUCUUUCUACCUUGACUACAGCCGUGGUCCAAUUUGCCUUGCUGUUGAUGUAGUUUCACACACAUUCAGCAAAGUAGAGAAAAAUUCACUGUUUUGAAAUCUCCUGAAAGAACGCGCUUGACUCAUUUGAUAGGAUUCUAUGAAGGCAUAGGCACCUCCAUGCCGAGAAGAGCAAGAGGAAGAGAAGCGAACGAGAAGAUCUCCGUCUUUUACUGCGAACAAAGCUAGACAUAGAAGCGUGUUCCAAAACCGAAUCGAU